AUGUCGGAUAUACAUGACCUGACAGACUCUGUCCAGAGCCUAAGACCCAGCGGAACUGCACCGGCAGAGAAGACCGCGACAGGAAAUCCCUUCCCCGCCAAUCCGCCAGGAGCUAGCCUAGGCAGGAAGACCAAAUUGCACUUAUCAUUAGCAGCAGAAAAAGCGGCAUCAAGAGGCGGCCAACCGGAAGGGUCCGACAAAGACAAGGACAGCAAAGAGCCUCAGAUCAUGAGCAUGCUAAGAGCUGCAAAAGGCACAGUCAAAGAGCCCAACACCAAAAUAAAACUGUUGAAGAUGGCGCUAGAGGCCCAAAUGGCAGGAGACACGGCGAAAGCGGACAAGAUCCUGAGCACCUUACUGGGUAUCUCCAAAGAGGCACCACCAAAGCCCCCCUUGACCGUGGUGAAAAGAGUCGUCGCAAAAGAGAAAGGCAGAGCAGAUCCGGUGACAGAGAAUGGAUACCAACCCCAAGGCAUGCCGUAUCAAGGCCCGCCGGCAAUGGUCCACCAGUUCAACUUCCCCGGACAAAGCCAUCUAGGCCUGCCACAGUUCGCUCCACCAAACCAAUGGACCCAACCGCGGCCUCCAAGGCAACGAGGGCAGGGCAGGAACGGCUACCAAGGGAAGCGCUUCAACCCUGAAUACCACAAGCAACGCGCAGCAAACCAGCAAAGCAACCCGGGAAACAGGCAAAUGGUCAUUAGAGACCAAGCGGCUAGCCGCCAGCCCAGUCAGAUGCACCCAAAGUAG